AUGGGACUCCCUGAUGUCCAGCUCUGGCUGGUGCUGCUGGGGGCCCUGGCAUGGGCACGGGGGACAGGAUCUGUGUGUCCUUCCUGUGAGGGCCCCACACUGGCACCCCACGCAGAACGAGCCCUGGUGCUGGAAUUAGCUAAGCGGCAGAUCCUGGAGGGUUUGCAUCUGACCAGCCGUCCCAGGAUAACUCGCCCUCCACCCCAGGCUGCGCUGACCAGAGCCCUCCGGAGACUGCAGCCGGGCAGUGUGGCUCCCGGGCACGGGGAGGAGGUCAUCAGCUUUGCUACCGUCACAGAUGCCUCCUCUCCAACCUGCAGCUCAGCGCUCACCUUCCACCUGGCCACUCCUCGGUCCCACCACGCAUACCAUGCCCGCCUCUGGCUGCACAUGCUCCCCUCCCUUCCUGGCACUCUUUCCUUGAGGAUCUUCCGACAGGGCCCACGGAGAAGGCGCCCAGGGUCCCGCCGGUCCCGCACCCUCCUGGCUGAGCACCGAAUGACUACCCCAGGUUGGCAUGCCCUGACGCUGCCCUCUAGUGGUCUGAGGGCUGAGGAGUCUGGUGUCCUGAGACUCCAGUUAAACUGCGGACCCUUAGAAGGCAAUGGCACCGUGGCUGGACAACCAAGACGCCUUCUGGACACAGCAGGACACCAGCGGCCCUUCCUGGAACUUAAGAUCUGGGCCAAUGAGGCUGGAACAGGCCGGGCUAGGAGGAGGACCCCUACCUGUGAGCCCGAGACCCCCUUAUGUUGCAGGCGAGACCAUUACGUUGACUUCCAGGAACUGGGCUGGCGGGACUGGAUCCUGCAGCCUGAAGGGUACCAGCUGAACUACUGCAGCGGUCAGUGUCCGCCCCACCUGGCUGGCAGUCCGGGCAUUGCUGCUUCCUUCCAUUCUGCCGUCUUCAGCCUCCUCAAAGCCAACAACCCAUGGCCAGCCAGUAGCUCCUGCUGUGUCCCCACUGCCCGAAGGCCACUCUCUCUCCUCUACCUCGACCAUAAUGGCAAUGUGGUCAAGACGGAUGUGCCAGAUAUGGUGGUUGAGGCCUGUGGCUGCAGCUAGCAAGAGCCCUGGGGGUUGGUGUGAAGAAUUGAGGUUGAGGGUUCCCAGGCAAAGGGCUCUGUCACUGGAGGCAUCCUAUUCCUGAUCCACACCCCCACCCCACAACUGCCUGGCAAUAGGAUUCAGUUGACCCCUAGGGGACCCAAACGGGCACUUUCUUGACUCAGACUGGCUUAUACCAGGCUGAUGGGCGUGUGGGGAGAUGGUAGUGUUUCCUCUGAAGGGGUCUACCCAGAAAGCAUGACUUCCUGGCCUAAGUCUUUGAGAAGAUAGCAGCGGCUAGGGAGGGAGG